AAACCACUCCUUACCUUUAUCGCAUUCUAAGUUUCUAACGCCAUUUGUUGCCUACCUACUUCCCUUCUACACUGUGGGCACCUGUCCCCUGAAUUUUGGUUAGGCCUAGCACGGCUAUCAACUCCACCUACACUAUCCCGGUUAUUUCUAGAUCCUGCCACCUCCUAUAUGUGCCCUAAAUAUGCAGAAAUGUAAUUAAUGUUGGAAUACUUGCUUUAUUCGUUCCAGUUAAAGAAGCUAGAUCUCCUACUAAAAUAAAGAAGAAGAAGAAGUGUUGUCAUUUGAAGGAUGGGGGUUCCCCGCUCAGCUGAUUGUUGUCAUGUCUCCUCUUGUGAAGCUUCUGUCCUGAAAUAGAACCCGAUUUGAUACGAGGAACGAGUUCGCUUAAAUUCCAGAUGGCCUAUACUGACCUAAAGAAUGAGAUUUCCUGUACUUGGUUACGACUCAACUCAGAGCAAAUGGAUCAAGUUCGUUUAUAUUUGUUGGAGCUUUCUUCAUCAAGCAAAAUCUCUCGAAUGAGGGACAUUUAUGGUUGUAAUGACCUCACAGCUGCUUUUCGUUUGUUAGAAAAGUGGAAGCUUUUAACUCCUUACAAAGUAGAUGUGUUAAUAUGGCUAACAGAGAACUUGGGAAUACACGUAGAAAUGAUUCGAGAACGUGUGGAAGCGUACAAAAAAUUGAAUAUGGUUUCACCACCUGUUAACCUUCCAAAUGUAGAGGAGCCCAGACCUUCGUCACAAAAUAAUCUGAUCCAUCAAAAGAUUUGUGAAUAUUUAAGUGAAAAUUUACGUCGACGGUGGGAAGAUCUCGGACGAUUUCUUGGCCUCUCUGAUUUAGUAAGCGAGUUGCAGCCUUCUUCAGUUCGUCAAAAAGAAAAAAUAUAUCAGAUGCUGGAGGAGCAUUUCAAGAAAAAUGAAAGUACUUCUAUUUCAGUGCUCUUGAAAGCUCUUGAAGAUUGCUCUCUCAUCCGCCAGAGGGAUCACAUUUUAAAGAAUAUUAUCAGUUAGGCAACUGAUUAGUGUGAUGCUAUGGAAAAUCUUUUGUUGUUAACAUAGGUUUUCUGUUUUUAGUAUUUUGUAUCAUAGGUUUUUGGGUUAAUGACCAAAGUCUCCAAAAAUUGAAACUGAAUGGUAAUUUAAUUAGGGCUUCAAUAAUAUGGAGCUUUUCAUCAUAUUUUUGAACUCAUGAAACACACUCCUCAAUACAUUUGUUAUUAAGUGGCUUACUGAAAUCCUCAGAAUUUACUUUACUGUGAAUCUAAUUGACAGAAUAUUUAAUCAACAAGGUUAACUGUUAUUUACUCUUUAUCAGUACAGCAAUUGGUACUUGUAAAUUCUUUUAUUAUUUACAAAAUAUUUCUUAUAAAAUUCCGAAUUCAUGAAUAGUACUUUUACUUCAAAAAUAUAAUAUACUCUUAUAUUUAGGAUAAGAAACUUACCUGCUCUGAGAGACUAAACCACAACUGUAGUAGUUAGUUAAUCUGUCCUGACCAAAGGUAACAGCAACUCACAAACUAACAUUCUUUAAACCAAUACUGUACUGUGAUAGCAGAAUGAGAAGUGACAUUUAAGGGAAGAAUAUAUGGCACACUUUCCAUUUUCUUCCGUAUUGUGUACCAGACUGUCAAUUUGGUAGGUCGAGUUUGCUUCCUGCUGCCGCCAGUGUGGAACCAGAAAAAUUUUUUUCCGAUUAGAAUUUCAUUUUUCGAUGUAAUGUGAUUUAGAUCCCGCAAUAAGCUGUAGGUCCCAUUCCUAAGUAACCAAUUGGUUCCUAGCCACAUAAAAAAAAUCUAAUCCUUUGGGCCAGCCCUAGGAGAGCUGUUAAUCAGCUCAGUGGUCUGGUUAAACUAAGAUAUACGUACUUAACUCCAUUUUUUUCUUCUUCUUGAGGUAUUGGUACAAGGAGAUUAUGAUGGAACAACUCAACUUGGAAAGAGCUAGUAAGCUGCCCUCCUUUGUCAGAGAUCAUAGAACUUAGUGUUCCAAAGUGUUUUAUGACCAAGCAAGAGGAGACAAAUUUUACUGAGAUGCCGAGUUGGAGAGGUGUUUUACUCUGGAGAGGCAUAUGAAGCUGCAAAGGGUGGUUGUAGCGGCUUGAAACUAAGUUACAUGUCAGGACAAAAGAUUUCUUUACCACUGAAACAUUUUUUAUUAUCAUCAUAACUGAUUUCAACAUAGGAUGUCAGGCAAAGUAUUAGCAGAGGCUUGACAGGCCAAGACCUUACGUACUUCAUUUCUCUCUCCCAGAUUAGAUACUGAUGAGGUUUUACAAAAUACCAAUUUUUCUACUCAAAAUUAUUAACUCCCUUUAGUUAUGACUUGCCCUAUCACCUGAUCUCCAACUUCAAACCUUUCACCUCUUGUUCUUGACCUUGCAUUUCAGAAUGCCAUACCUUAGAAAUUUAUCUGCAAGUUUUUAGCCAUUACCAAGUGGUAAUAGUUGCUCAUGGGGUGCUUAACACUUGUAUGUAUGGUGAAGCUGAUCAAGUAAAAGAUAUCUGUCGAGUCUAGAGAAUUACUUCUUUACAGGCCUUUGAACCUCAUAUUUCAAAUAUUUAUUGGAUAACAUCAUCUUCAGGGAGAGGGUUUUAGUUUUGUAGGCUUUCCAUUCUAUUUCCUUCUUUAAUAGGAGAGAGGUAUGGUUAUCCAACUUUUUGGACUUUUUUUUUUCUUUUCAGUCCCAGAUCAGCACAUUAAUGAUAAAGAUUGACUAGACAGCAACCACGGUUGCUGUGAUAGAAUUUGGGAGCAGUUCAACCUGGAAGGAAAAGUUAACAAGGAGCCAUGUUGCACAGGUCAGAGGUGCUCACCCUAAGAAUUCCUCCCUUGUGGAUAGCAGUCACAGAAUUCAUCUAAUUUCUAUUUGCACUUAUUUCUAUCAUGUACAUUUCUUUCUGUUAGAUACGUUGGGGACUAAAAGACCCUUCACUACAUUCGUAAGUCUGGGGUUAGUUAUCACAUAUUUUCCACAGUAGUUAUAUGUUGUGGUCUCUUAUACAUCUGGUGUCUCAGUAAUUUGUUUUAUAUUAAUAAUGGAAUAAGAUCCUGAGUUCCCCUUGAAAAGGAAGACGCUGGAACACGACCGUGCGACAAACCACGUACAUGGACGUGCAAUGAACCAUGCACUCGGACGUGGGUUGAAUCACACCCCUGGAUGUGUGAUGAAUCACAUACAUGGACAUGCGAUGGGUCAAGUACAUGGUCGAGCGAUGAACUACCUACAGGGACGAGUGAAGAGACACGUAAAUGGCCUUCUGAUGUAGAAUGAUCUACGAGUGAACAUCGGGGAGAAGACCACCCUUGCCUAGAAGUCUCUCGACCCUUCAUUCUGGAAGAAGCACGAUCUCGAUCACAAACACAUUCAUGGUGUGUAGAAUUAUCCAAGUGAGAACAUUGGGGAGAACAUCACUCUUGCUUAGGAGUCUCUCAACCCGAUUUUGGAAGAUGAACGGUGAGAGUAGGACCUUCAUCACGUACAUGGACGUGCAACAAAUCACGAACACAGCCGUGAUAAUGUUAAAACGAUCCAAGUGAGAAUAUCCUGACUCUGGAAGACUAACGGCAAGAGUAGGAACUCCGUCACGAACAUGGACGUGCGACAAAAACACAUAUACAACCAUGAUAUGUAGAAUUAUCCAAGUGAGAACGUCAGGGAGAAGAUCACUCUUUGACUUGAAGUCUCUCAAACCCUGACUCUGGAAGACUAAUGGCACGAGUAGGAACUCCAUCACAUGCACAGCCAUGAUAAGUAGAACAAUCCAAGUGGGAACGUCAGGAAGGUCACUCUGCUUAGAAGUCCCUCAAACCCUUACUCUGGAAGAUUAACGGCGAGAGUAGGAACUCCAUUACGUACACAGACAUGCAACAAAACAUGUACACGGCUGUGAUAAGUAGAAUGAUCCAAGUGAGAACGUCAGGAAGAUCACUCUGCCUAGAAGUCUCUCAGAAACUGACUCUGGAAGACUAACAGCUAGUAGAAACUCUAUCACGUACACAGAUGUGCGACAAAACAAGUACACGGCCGUGAUGAGUUGAACAAUCCAAGUGAGAAUGUCUAGAAGUCUCUCAAACUCAAACCUGACUCUGGGAGACUAAUGGCGAGAGUAGGAACUCCAUCACAUUCACAGACAUGCGACGAAACACACAGCCGUGAUCACCUUCACCGGCCCCUACAUGGGAGCUGCCUCAUCACGCAACAAAUUCUAACUGAAGAAUCAGCCUGAGAACUCUGAUGCGAGGGAAGAUCAACACAGAAUGGAACACAUUCACUUACUUGAAGGGGAGAGUCACGUCCGUGCUGGGAAGAUGGUGAAACACCUCUCUCACUCUCAGAAGAUGCUGCAAGACCUGAAUUCUCCAACAGGAGGGGCGGGGGGAGGAGGAAAAGGCGAUGGAGGCCUUGCCUUACAACAUAUCCUGCUUGAAAACCCUGAGAAACCUCCUACUAAACACGGAGUCCAGCCAAUCAACCAACUCUUGAAAGAACACCUCUGAUGGGUCGACAACUGACUGCGAUGACAUCAUGGCAUUCGGACUGGUAGCCCAAGUCAAAGGUCUCAGCAGUGGUUUCCAACCUGUGGGGCGCACCCCCCUGGUGGUGCUUGAAGGGCUGCCAGGGGGGUGCCAAUGCUUGAUGAAAGGAAUAAUUAUAUCUAAAAACUAUUAAUUAUGAAAGGAAUUAUGAAAUUUAGUUGUCUAAAUAUAUAAAUUAUGCUAGUAAAUUACAGUAUUUAAGGAAGGAGGGGCACAGAGAAUGUACCAUUCAAUGAAAGGGGGAAAGAAUUAGAAAAGGUUGGAAACCACUGUCUUACAGCAACUGGAGGGCCUCCCCAGGACACAUACACGUGAAGAAUAGCGAAGAAUUUACCAAGAAAAUCCAUCAUCGAAGGAGGUGGAAGUCCCAUCACUUUAACCCUUAAACGCCUAUUGGAUGCAUUAAACAUCGACGAAAAUUGUCUGUCGGGUGCCGAAUUGACGUAUGAAACGUCGACGCAAAAAAGUUUUUAAAAAAAUUCACGAGUUAUAGGCCUACUUGGCGAAAACUUUUGAAUCACGCGGCCUUGAGGGAUGCUGGGAGUUCACGGAUCAAGCUGUUGUUUUGUUUACAAUCGUUACCCAGGCCCACAAGCGUCAAUUUCUUUCUUCUCGCACUAAAAAGCAUCAGCAACACAUCUCAGAAAUUAUUUAGUCACUUUGACAUAAUUUUUGCACCAUUCUAUAUUAGCCGUUACAUAGUUUUAUAUAUGAAAAUGUGUGCAAUUUCAUGUAGAAUACAACAAAAAAUAACCCAUGGUUGUAGCUUUUAUCGGUUUUGAAAUAUUUUCAUACAAAUAAUAAGUGCCAAAAUUUCAACCUUUGGUCAACUUUGACUUGACCGAAAUGGUAGAAAAAUGCAAUUGUAAGCUAAAACUCUUAUAUUCUAGUAAUAUUCAAUCAUUUACCUUCAUUUUGCAACAAACUGGAAGUCUCUAGCACAAUAUUUCGAUUUAUGGUGAAUUUAUGAAAAAACUUUUUCCUUACGUCGGCGCUGUAAUUCUUCAAAAAAAAUCUGAAAUUUUUUUUGUCCGAUUGUCAUAAUAUUUGCACCAUUUUAUAUUAGCCGUUACAUAAAUUUUUAUAUAUGGAAAUGUGGGCAAUUUCAUGUAGAAUACAAUUAAAAACAACCCAUGGUUGUAGCUAUUAGUUUUGAAAUAUUGUCAUAUAAAUCACGAUAAGUGCCUAAAUAUCAACCUUCGGUCAAAUUUGACUAGACCUAAAUGGUCGAAAAAAGCAAUUGUAAACCAAAACUCUUACAUUCUAGUAAUAUUCAAUCAUUAACCCUUAUUUUGCAACAAAUUGGAAGUCUCUAGAACAAUAUUUUGAUUUAUGGUGAAUUUUUGAAAAAAAAAAAUUUUUCCUUACGUCCUCGCGGUAACUUCUGAAAAAAUCAGAAAUUUUUUUGUCCGAUUGUUGUAAUUUUUAUACCGUCUUAUAUUAGCCAUCACAUAAAGUUUUAUAUUGAAAAUGUGCAGAAUUUCAUGUAGAAUACAACUAAAAACAACCCAAGGUUGUAGCUUUUAUCAGUUUUGAAGUAUUUUCAUACAAAUAACGAUAAGUGCCAUCAAUUUGGAAAUUCACUUAUGGCAACUUUUAUACUGACUAAGAUCACAAAUGUGGACAUCUCAGGACUUCAGUAGUGCUAGACUUGAAAGGGGAAUGUUCUGCGUCUAUCUCUCACGAUGUCUUUUUGUAUAAAUUUACUUGUAAAUAUACCAAGGGGUUGCUGUUGUUUUUUGUUCUUAGUCUUUUACACUAGUAUGUUGAUUAUAAAUGUAAUUUUACAAAGAAAAUUGAAAAGAAAUAUUCGAAAAAACGUAAAGUAAAAAAAAAGUAACUGAAUCUUCUUUCUUGGUAAAUUUACUUAAAUAUUUUUCAGUAAGUAUGCCAAGAAUUUGUUAUUGCUUUUAUUUCUUAUGUUUUGAUAUUGUGUGAACAGUAAUUAUAAUUUUACAAUAAAUUUAUAAGAAAAUAAAUUUAUUAGAAAAACGUAAGUUGGUAAAAUUUACGAUUGUCUUGUAAUAAAAGAUGCCCAAGGGGUUGUGAAUAGUAAUUUUCAACUUCUCGUGGAAGGUACAGAAAUUUUUUUUUUUUUCUCCAUGUACAUUUGCAUAUCUUCCUCUUGCCAUUGAUGAGUUUUUUUUUUAAAUUGGCCGACCUUAAAGUUUACCCAGCCUGAGGAACUGCAUAUUGAUAUAUUAACCCAUCCAGUAUGAGUUAUAACUGCCUAUAUUUUGUUAGUUCAAACUCAAAACCCACUACAAAUGCCUAUACCUGGUUUUUUAAAUAAUUUGAUCACAAAGUACAUUUAAUCAUGAAACUGAUAUGAAAAUUCAGAAUUUGAGCAUAUUUCUCAUACAAAAGUAUUACAAAUAUUGGAAUUUCCCACAAAUAAAGGGUACACAAGGUCCAUAGAGAAAUCCAUGAAGAGUGGGGGUCGCCUGUAUUUCUUCUGUAAUAAAUAAGAUCUCCUCUUUCUGUCUUUCCCUUUACAUACAUUCUUUUACUUCUUCCUAAUGAAAACCAUAUUCUUUGGAAGCUUGAAUUUUGUCAAUGGCCCCUGUGGGUUUGUUCCCUAUGAAUAGCAUUCGUCUUCUGAAUAAUAUGUAAUUUUAAACUUAAUGGAUGGAUGUUACAGCAGAAUAUUUUUUUACACUUGCUGGAAGAAAGCUUGUAUUGAUGAAAAUUUUUUUAGUAAGGCCACAAACAUUUGUAGCAAAGGAUCAUGAAAACUUGGUGUUAAAUAGCAAGCACUUUACUCAGUAUCCUAAUUAUUAUUGUAUAUACAAUAGCAAAGUUUCAGUAUCAAAACUGUUACCUUUCAACAAUAGCAACACUUUUCCACAACUUGUUCCCUACACAGCAAGUCUGCAUGAUGUCAACCAUGCAAAAAGAAAAAAAAUGAGAACAGAAGCUUUGAGACAACACUAUUAUAAGAAAACACACAGGACACUCAACAGUGUGGUAAUUACCAUCUAAAUCUGCUACAGCAUAUCUAUUGCACAUAACACAAAGCAGUAUUUUUGUUUGCCUCCAAAGAAAAUUGAUAAAUACUCUUCCUGAAGUAGGCAUACAAAAAGAAACGGUAUGAUGCCUUUAAAAAGCAUUAUCAAAGCAUUCCUUCUCAAGGAUUACUAAAUAUCCUGUCUUGUACAAUUACGCUAUUAUAUAUUGCAUCAUUUUAUGAAUUAUAUCGUUCAGAGCGUUUCUUUUUUUUCACAAAUAAUAAUUAGUUUGAGAAAUUAUUUAUAUGAAAAAUAGAAUCAAUUAUAAGUAAAAAAUAAAAAUGCAUAAAAAAACCUUGUUUUAUGCAGGUUUUAAGUAUUUUGUCAGACUCAUUAUGAAAUAUUUCAUUAUGUUUAGAUAUGAACAGGCAUACCAACCAUGUGAACAGAGUAUCAUCUGUUCAAAGAUAAUUCUGUUAAAAGAAAUAAACGUCAUUUUAAAUUAGCAAAUAUUCAAAGAUCAUUCUGUUAAGUUAUUUUAAAUUAGCAAAAAAGACAAUUAAAAAAUAUAUAAUUUACAGCUUCCUUU